AUAAAGAAGGAUAAAACAUAUUCUUCAUGCGUAACUCGAAACGCACCCUAUGAUUAAGCUGUAGGUAAAAAAUUAGAGGUUAUGUUUUAUGGUAUAUGAUUGAAUAAAUGUUAAGUAUAAUAAUUAAGUAAAUAUUAAGUGAUAUAAGUAUAAAAGUGAUAUAAAAAUGAGUAUAAAACAAGUAAAAAAACGUAAAAAACUCGAAUAUGUUGACUUGCCGACCAAGUUACAGGCUUUAGAGGAGGUGAACCAAGGUACCCCAGUGAAUAUUGUUGCCGAAAAAAUUAAUGUUCAUAAAACAACAAUAAAACAUUGGAUGAAAAAUAAAGAUUCUCUCCAAAAAUGUCAACUAACUAACAAUGAUAUAGGGAAAGGUGAAAAAACAAUUAAAGGUCCAAUCCAUACUUCAAUCGACAAAGCUACAUGGUUAUGGUUCCAAGAACACAGUAUUACAGAUUUACCAAUAUAUGGUCCAACAGUAAAAAUACAGGCAAUGAAAUUUUGGAAAAUGUUUGGCAGUGAAGGUGCUGAAGAGUAUAAGACAACUUUUUUAAAUAUAAUAAAAAAUGAAGAUUUGACACCACAUCAAGUCUUCAAUUGCGAUGCAACUGGGUUGAAUUAUAAACAAAUUCCGAAAACAAUAUUAAGUGGUACUGGCAAUAAAUCUGAAUCAGCAGGAUUUAAAAUUAAAAGAAAACGAGUAACUAUCAUGAUUUGCAGUAAUGCAAGUGGCACAUUAAAAUUUCCAUUAGUAUUAAUAGGGAAAGAUGCCAAACUACACGGUUUUAAAAGCUUAACUGUUCGGCCGGUAGUGUAUAAAAGCCAAAAAAAUACUUGGAUGACAACACUGUUGUUUGAGGAAUGGUUUAAGGAGCAAUUUGUGCCACAAGUACAAAGUUUUUUGGAGAACAUGGAAUUACCACCCAAGGCAGUAUUGUUCAUGGACAAUCGUGAUGGAUAUUUGGAAAAUUUAUUGCAUGAUGAAAUUAGGGUUGAAUUUUUUCCCUCUAAUACAUCGCUUUUAAUACAGCCCAUGUAUCUAGGGGUUUUUCAAAAUCUCAAGACUUUAUAUCGAACCCAUGUCAUGUCUUUCUUUAUCGAUCAGUUAAAUAUUGGAUCUAAUCUACCAGUAGCUAUGAAGAAACUUAGCAUUAGAAAUGUUACUUUUUGGAUUACUGCAGCUUGGAAUAAAGUCAGUAAAUCUACAAUAUCAGAAUCAUGGAAGGCAUUAUGGCCAGAUAUUUUAAAAGUUCUUGCACCUACUGAUGACAUUGAAAUUAUUGAUGAUGUUUGGCACCAAUUGAGAGGUUAUGAAGAUCUUACUGUUCAUUUUCAUAAUUUUUUAAAAGAUCAGCUUAGUAGAACCACAGAAUUAGUUACUGUUGAAGACUGGCUGAACUCCCAUAGAGUUAUGAGUGAAGACGAAUGUUUAACUGAUUCACAAAUAGUGCAAAUAAUAAAUGAAGAAGAAGCAAGAACAGUAAUAGACGAAGAAAGAAUACUAAUACAGCAAAGAAUAAAAGCAGUACUACAGAGUAAAGACAGUACAGCAGUAAUAGAAGAAAAAAAGAGAAGUAAAAGAAAAACAAAAUCAGAAAAAGGAGAAGCAGAAGAUUUAUGUGAAAUGCUUGAAGAUUCCAUUCAAAAAGUGCAAAUGUGUUUAGAUACAGUGAUUAGACAUUGCAAGGGAAAUCCCUACUACACUCAACAAAAUUUAAUCAAUUUAUAUGAGAUUAAAAAUAUUUUAAGGAAUGAAUCUUAA